UUUCCACCUGAGACAUACACGCAUUAUUGAAUAAUGGUACUAAGCAUGAUGAAUCAUUUCAUGACAACAAUGUCAUGAGCUAAACCUUCUGUAGUUGAAACAGACACUCUUUUUAGGAACAUGGAAAUAUUUAAAGAGCUUAGUCAGAGUAGCAUUUCACCUAUUUCACUACCAGAAGUCAACAAGCACUCUCUUUUAAAUAGUUUCUACGCAGUAAAGCAUCAAGAGGAACAUCCUGUUGAGUAAGACAAACAACAUUACUCACAGUCAGUCUGGUAGAGACACAAGCCGGUCGUCAACUGUCUUUUUGCCUGUGCUUCAUGGUUGAAAGCAGCAAAAUACAUAAGCUGUGGGGCUAAAAUGGCUGCUUCCUACUCAGCUGAACUCUGUCACUUCCUUCAUAGCCACUGGUUAACCAUUAACAUGUCCCUUCGUCACACUCUGGCAGAAGCAUUUGUAAAUACCGUGAGUAUGUAUGUUUGUGUGUGUGACCAACUGUCCAUUCUAUAUGAAAAUAUCAAUACAGAAGUGUGCAUAAAACAUGUUCAAUGUGAGAGACACAUCAUAAAGGAAUACUAAAUGACACUAUAUAAGUUUAACGCAACUAAAAUGGCACAAUAAGUCCUUCUCUGAUCAUUGAUUUAGCCCCUAAAAACUCAUCUCUGUGUUAGUAAAACAUUUAGAUUUUUUUUUUUGUGAAAAUAAUCCCUUUUGCCUUAAAAUGAUUUAAAUGUGACUCUGCACCUAAGAAUGUGCAGAUACAUGAAGUCCCAGCCUCUCUCUCUAUUCACUUCACCCAGCUUGCUGCAGCUGGAGCACACCAGCUCACCUACAACUCUGCUCCAACACUGCCAACUCCUACUCAGUGGCAAGCUGUAAAACUGCCAUUACAUGUUCGAAAUGGUAACCGAUUCUGAAGAAAUAUUGCAAUAAACAAGGUCCCAUUCUUGUUGACAGGAUUGGCUAAUUAUGUUUGUGGCAUAUGAAACCCUAGAAGUCUGAAUCCAUGUUUUUAGACUGUCAUCAGUACGCUACAGUGUGAUGGUGAAAAUACUUCACCAUGGCGUUGACUGCUUAUUUAAAUCAUGAUAUGUCGACCUGCACAUUUUCACUUAUGGUGGUUUUAACAUAUCUGUAUAUCUACUGCCCAUAUGUGGGUAUAGUUUGAAGUACCUCUUCAAUGGUUUGCUUUAAUGGAAAAAUUUCUCUCUGGGCAGUGAUUGAUUGCUGCUGAGCUAUAAAACAGAUACUUACAAGGUAUCACUUGACAGUAAUGGAACUUUUAUAAAGAGCAUAAUCCCUCAAAAUAGUGUGUUUAUGAGGGCUGUAUUCCUGUAAAAGAGAAGUACAAGCUGUUGCAACUACAGAAGUGAGUAAAACCAGGAGCUAGUGGUAUGAAUAUACCCACAGUGCAUGACAUGCCUAAAGGGUUGGAUGUAUUUGUGCAUGGACGUGUAUGCGUGCAUGACAGAGAGGAAAAUACGGAGAAGGAAAGGGAGACGGAGAAUGUAGAGUUGGCAAGCACACACAAACAUACAUGCGGACACCUGUUUGUUGGGGUAACACAAUGUCCCACUGUGAACCCAGCAUUCCAGCCAGGAAGCCACUGGACCCGCAGCACUUCUGUAUAAAGUGACAAGCAGUCAGCUGGAUUUUCAUCCACUUUUCUUUGAUUUGGCUCCAGGUUAUUAGCCAGUAUCUAAUAGCUUUAGCUGUCCCAAAUUACUUUAUUGAUUGCCUUUUUGUAUUUUUGCAUUCUACAUGCCAGAAACGGAAACCAUUGUGCAGUGGGCAUCCAGUGGGAUGGAUCAUAAAACAGGAGUUGAAAAGAAAACACAGGAAGAGGAGAGAGUGAGAAGGCUCUCAUCGGACCUUCACAGUGAGAUUUUAGACCUGAGUGCAGGAGAUAAUAUCCCAGAGGGAUGCAAAAGGAAAAAGAAGAUCAAGACAACCUACGCACCCAGAGUAUCUGUAGAAAUCCCUGUGAUAGGGCCUGUGGAGACUGCUGAAUUCAUGACUGCGGCUAGUCAAGGCAAAGUGAAAGUGAUUGAGACAUAUCUGGCUGAUGACGGGAAUCCUAAUGCCCAGGACGAGCUGAAGAGGACUGCGCUGCAUCGUGCCUCUCUGGAAGGACACACUGCAGUUGUCCAAAUGCUGUUAGAAAAAGGAGCCGAUAUCAACCUAAAAGAUCAACUUGGCUCCAGGGCCAUACACUGUGCUUGCAGAGGGGGACGUUUAGAAGUUGUAAAAGCCUUGACGAGCAACGAGGCCGACCUUAAUGUUAGAGAUAAGUUGAACAGCACUCCUCUGCAUGUGGCCACAAGAACAGGCCACACCACCAUUGUUGAGUACCUGCUGUCCUGUGGUGCAAAAAUUAACUCCAGGGACAGGGAGGGCGACACAGCCCUGCACGAUGCGGUGCGUCUCAACAGAUACAAGGUAGUGAAGCUGCUCAUAGCUGCAGGAGCUGACACAAAGAUAAAAAAUCAUGAGGGAGUGACGGCAGUGCAGCAGGUUAAACAAUGGCAGUCGGACAUCAUGGAGACCCUGCAGAGGCUGGAGAAGCUGAGAGAGGUGGGAGUAGUGCCGUCUGAAAACAACUCAACAGAGGAGUGAAUACUGCAGCUGUGUGAAGCUGUACAUCUACUCAUACCACUGACAUAUUAGUCUGUUAGGGGCCAGUCAACACAGGACUUCUCUAAAUGCCACAAAAUUAGUUGAUCUUACAAGGCUUUAGUUGAUACUGUAACUGAGUAGAUAAAGUUCUUUUGCAUUUAAUUAAAAAAAACAGUAAACACUCAGUGAAUCUGGGACUUCUAAAGGCCCCUGGAGGUCCGGGGCCCCUGGGCAGGUGCCCACUUUGCCUGGUUGAUGAGUCAACCUUGACUCAUACUGCCUCUCCUGUAUAAUGUCACUUUCUAUGACUAUCUGCCUCAGGUUCAAAUUACACUCUAUAAUUUCACUGCAGUGUUAUGUACAUCGCGUUGGAGUGUAUGCCUUGUUUUGUAGGCACAAUGGAAUGUGUGCUCACCAUCAAAAUCUGUGUUAUCCCUGGGCAUCACUGUAAAACCUUUGAGAUUAGUCUGAACUUUGAUACCAGAAACUGUCAGCCUGGGUGUGAUGGGUUCAAAAUGAUCUGCUUAUCUUAAAAAGGACAGAAAAAACAUAUGAAUGAUGAAACAAAGCUAAAUUUCUCAAAUCUUUAAGCCAGCCUUAGGCUUUUGAUAUUUGCUUUUAAAGAGCUUUAUAAUCUUAGGAGCACUCUCGUGGAUGUUUCAUAUCUGAUUUGAGAUGCCUUUGGAAGUUGAAUAAUGCUAAUGUACAGAGGCUGUGUUUGAAUAUUCAUUAAGAAGUCCUUGUUUCAUCGAGGCAGCAGACAAGGCCAGAGCACACAGUAGCGCUGUGUUUGAGACGUCAGCUGACGAUAGCAGAGAUGACUGGUAUGCCCCUGCUAAAGUCAGGGAUUCAACGGGAGCUCAGUGGACAUAUUUUCCUUCUAUCAUCAGUGGCUCAAAUGUUCCUGAGGGAGGUUUGUCAUUCAUGUUGGGGAAAGCAACAACUAGCUGCUCUGCUUAGACUGUAAUUCUAAAAGUACAGCUGAUCGUGAUAAAAAAAACAUUCAUCUUGCUCAACAAAUAUUGUGGCACUGCUGUAUUUUUAAUCAUGUGAAUGUAAUAUGCUGUUUCAAAAUGCAUGCAGCUCAAGUUUUCUGUUAUGUACCAAUGUGCUCAUUGUAGGCAACUCAUCAGAUACAUUAUCAGACACACACAAUAUUUCCUGUUCCAAGUAAGGCUGUGUAACGGUCAAUGGGAACACAUACCACACGCAAUAUGAAGUUGUACACAUCAAAAUGUUGUGUAUUUUCUCAUCCUAACAACAGAGAUGUUACAAGAUAGCUGAUGUAAAAUAAUUCAUAUAUCAAAAAAAAAAAAAAGAACAGGCUGAAAUCUUGCUUAAAUAUGUUAGACUCAUGCAUGUUUUAGGUUUAUCGUUUCCAAUUCCAUGUGAACUACAAGCAGCAUGCUGCUGUGCUGUGAUGUUGCUGAGGGCUGGAGUGCUGUAGAACGAGAAGGGGGAUGGGGAAACUGGAGGUUUCUGCUUCAUGCUGUGUUGGAGCCAAAAUCCGAGGAACCUGUUUAUGCAUGAAACGGUUACAUUUCCUGCAGCUGCAAAUGUCCCUUAAUUCAGUCUUGAUGUUAGAAUGCCACAAAUGGCCCCAAAAUGAUCUAAAAUUGAGCUGUUUUGUUACAUUUCAAAUCACAUGCAAUGAAAAACAUGUUUCUUUUUUUCACUGAAAGGCUUUAUUCAGCACAUGAACUGUUUACCAUCUUUGUGAUACAUAGUCAGACCUUCUCCAGGAGAAUGAGGGAAUACUGCGCAGUAGUUUUCUCUAAGCACUCAAAGCAACAUUAUAUUGUUACUCCAAAAAGGUAACCAUGGCAAUGAUUUUUCUCCAGGCAAGUGAAAGUCUGGACAGGCACGCUUUUGAAGCACCAUUUGUUUUCCGUUGGAAAUGGAUGUGUGAUUCUAGUGUGUUCAGUUCCACUCUGGCAGGAGUGUGGAGGCAAAGAAGGCAUGAGCAGGUGUUGCCUCUGACAUCGUGGAAAAGGAAAAUACUAUUAGACGAUAUGAAAUACAGCCGUUUUUACUCGUUGCACAAACAGCAAACACUGAAGUGUGCUUGAAGGUAGUGGUAUUAACUCAUGCACUGCUCUGCUUUUCUGUGUCUAAUGUUAUCUUCAGUCUUUAUGAUUGUACUUUGUAGCACAUUGUUGUACCAGAAUGGGUAUUCAAAGCAAGCCCAAUAUUGAGUAUUGAUUUUUUUCUCCUCAUAGAAUACAAGAACAAUGAAAUUCAGUAACUGCAAUAAUCCAGUCAAGAGCCUUAAGGAAUAUUUACAACAGAAUAUCACAUCAAUUCCCUGUUUAAUCUUCGGUCUUUUUGUUUUUUUGUGUAUUUAAACCACCAGUGGAUUUAUCCUCAUUCAUUCGUCUUUAUUGUUCAGGUGCGAGAAAAACACAUGGUAGCUUCUGUUGACUGUUUCAGGCUUUGCUGCCUGCAAUAUCAUUUGAUUGUCUUUGGUUGAAAUUCUGUGUCAGAAACCUUAGUCAGACCAUGUCUAAUAAUGCUUUGUAAGGCUUAUUAACUGUUCAAGUACACUCAAGUAAUCUGUGAUCACAGAAGAGCUGUGAUUGGUUAUUAUGGUUAUUAAAUUAUUAACACCUCAAAAUACUUUGUAACACAAAAGUCAGACCAAAUACAAUCAAUAAUAAUAAAUAUCUAUAUACCUCACAGAAAAAAACGUGUCCAUUACAAUUACAUGCUUUUAAACACAUCUGAUUUAUAAUUAUUUUCACUCAGCUGCCAUAAUUAGGAUCUAUUCAAUGCACUGAGUGAUUUUUGGGGAGUCAUUCAGAUCUUUCAGGCAAGAUAAGUGAAAACUUGAAAGAAUCAUAUCCAGCUAUGUUAAAUCUCCUCUGCAGUGAUUUCCACUGGGAGCAGAAGGUUUAUUGGAAAGAGGAAAUUUGCUGGACUUGGAGAGUGAUGGGAGCUAAAACUCAGCACCAGCUUAGCAACGUGUCUCUCAGAGAGAAGGCAAUCUUCAAACAGACCUCAAGCUUGUUAGGAUGACAGACAUCUUAGAGCGAGUGAUGCAGAGGGGAAGGGAAAGAGAGGGCGCUGUGCGUCCUCGGAUUCUCAAACAGACCUGCUUCAACUACUCUCUUGUACAAAAAUGUCUUUAAGGCAAAUGUGAAUACUGAUCCUCUAAAAGGAGAAACACUGGUGACAAAACUGACUCCUUGAAUGACAAAGUUUGCAGCAGCACUGUGAAUUGACAUGACCCUUAAAAGGUGCUCUGUGGAGUGGGAAUGAAUAAAAGUUAUGUAGUUUA